AUGUCACCAGUCGAUAUUUCAUUUAUUCAUUUUGAGCUCGUUGACAGGGAGGAAGUUGCUCAUCAAGUACAAUUGCCGCCUGCUAAGUUAUUCGAUUACGAUGAAGCCACAGCAACAUGCGCUACUUCUUUGAACAGCCAGUUGGGAGGCAAGUCUAGUCGGAUCCUGGAUUCCACUGAGGACCUGCAGACAAUGCUGGAUAGCCCAUACUACAAGUUUAACGCACCUGAAUCGGCAGCAGCGCAGGUAGAAGACUUGACCGGACAUUUGCACGAGUCGUCGCUUCUGCUUGAUGACAUCCAGGAUAGCUCCGAGCUCAGACGCGGUCGGCCAGCUGCCUAUCGCGUCUUUGGGGUACCACAAACCAUCAAUGCUGCAACCCAUGCACUUACUCGAGCGUUUGAGAAGGUUAUCUCACUAAUGAAGCCAGGCAGCUCACACCUGAUUGAGGUAGAUGAGCUGCGCAACCUUCAUGUUGGACAAGCGAUGGACCUCUACUGGACACGCUCUGGAUAUCGUCCUUCGAUUGCAGAAUACCUGGGAAUGAACAGGCUGAAAUUCCCAGAAACCGGCGCACUGUUUUGUCUUGCGAGCAAUCUUUUCUAUAUUCAAGUGUCGUUUCCAGCUGGAACCAUUAAGCAAACCGAGUUGAACGAUCUCAUGAUCGCUCUGGGCCAAUAUUUCCAAGCUCGAGAUGACUAUAUCAACCUGGCAUCAACCAAGUAUCAAGAGCAAAAGGGGUUUGCGCAGGAUCUUGACGAAGGCAAAUUGUCGCUUCCAUUGAUCCUCCUUCUGACACAGUCGCCGAAUGCGGCCCUGAUCGAGAAUAUCCAGCAAGAACGAGCGAGAAAUAACAAGCUGCCAGCUGAUCUGAAGCAACUGAUCUUGGAUGAAAUGCGUGAUCAGAAGAUUCUGCAGGUCACCGAAGAGACACUGAAUGGUUUAGAGGCUAAGGUGUAUCAACACUUGGAAAGACUGGAAGUUUCCACUGGGAUUAAAAACAUUACGUUCCGGUUCUUGCUGGAUAGACUGAGGGAGAUGUGAUACUUGCAAAUUUCUGAAUAUCUUCUACUAUUUCUUUUGCCUUCAGAGAAAGAGUAUAAUAAAUGAACAUGAAGAACUAAGUGUGGAAUUCAAACAUCUCCACCCGUCAACCAAACACUAUCUCAGCCACACGAUUUAGAAAAAAGUCAAAUUCCGAUGAA